AUGGCGGACUUGUACGCCUCCGCCCGGAAGCCGAUCAGCUUGUACAAGGACAGGCGAUAUGAAGGAGGAUUGCGGGAGCGAGAGUCAAAGCUUAAACUGAGCACGACUCUCUACGUCGGCAAUCUCUCUUUCUACACACGUGAGGAACAAAUCUUCGACUUGUUUUCUCGUGUCGGCGAGGUAAAGCGCAUCAUCAUGGGCUUGGAUCGCAUCAAGAAGACGCCCUGUGGCUUUUGCUUUGUCGAGUACUUCACCCGCACAGACGCUGAAAAAAGCGUCCAUUUCAUCUCCGGGACGAAGCUGGACGAACGUACGAUUCGCGUCGACUAUGACAUUGGUUAUUCGCCGGGACGCCAGUACGGGCGUGGACGCUCUGGUGGACAGGUGCGCGACGAACAUCGUCUGGACUACGACCCGGGACGCGGAGGAUUUGGCAAGGCGAAUCAGACCGGCAUGUCCGGUAUGGAUAUGGAUGGUAGGGAUGGUCUUGGACCGGAUAUGGGAUAUCCGCCUAUAGGCAAGAGGCACCGCGGUGACGGUGACCAUCGGGAGAACGGCAUGCCGCCACACGGUGGUGCGCCGACGGGGCCACAGUCGGGGCAUGGGCCCCCCGGACCUGGACAAGGGGCCACCCCUGGCGCGAUGGCUGUGGACGGGGCGGCUAAUGCUGAUGGGGAGAGAGGAGGGGGUGAGGGGCGAUCUGCAAGGUUUAAUAAGUACGCGAAUGGUGGGCAGGACUAG